AUGGAUAUGCUUUCAGCAGAUCCACCGUCCUCUAUCUAUGGCGGUGUAAUGGAUGAGCCAUCAGUUUAUGCAGAAGGAGAUACCGCAGCGAGAGAAACUGCUGCAAGCUUAGAUGGAGGAGGAAUAAUACCACAACCAAAUAAUAGCACCGUUGAUAAUCGUCAUUGGAAUGUUGUGCAUCCACAACGUGACAUCAAAAAUGAUUCUGGAGUGGUAUAUGUUCCUACAGCACUAACCGAUACUCAAAUUACCCUCGUACAAAUCUUGCUACAUUUGAUCAGUGAGACGUUGAUAAAGGAUGUUCAACAACGACGGAGAAAGACUAGUAUUGAUAGUUUACUUGACAUAUCGUCUUCAAUAGACACUCCAAUGGGUGUGGCGGCUACUGCAAAUGGCGACUUUGAUGUUUACAGUCGAGCCAAAAGUUUACAGUUGGUGUCAAUGUGUUUUAACAGCUUGAUUACUGUAAACAAUCAUCCAUCGUUGCUAGUGAAUCAUUUCAUGCCUAAAAGACUAUUACUACUGCAACCUAAUGAAUCGCAAGCUUUGAUGUCUGGGAAAUUUCAAUUUUUCAAUAACUUGAUCGAUUCAAUAUUGGAUAGGGCUAGAACAAGCUCACUGAAGGAGUUGUAUCCAGUAUUAGUUGUGGCGAAGAAUAAUAAAGAAUUGGAGUUGAUUGAGGGAUUGAUUAUUGGGAAAAAUUUGAACUAUGCAAAUUCGGGAAACAUGAAGUUGUAUGAUGACAAACGGCCAGCUCAAAAAGAGUCUGCAGGAGAGGACGCGGAUGAUAGAAAAGGAGUGUUUUUACACUUAAUCCAAACACAACAAUUGUACAAUAGGUAUAUGAACAAGUCAUUGUCAUCAAACUUCAAGUUUCUCUUUUCAUUUGAUUCCAAAAUUGACCCAACUAAUCCUAGUAUUCAAAUGUUACGACUGGAGAAUGCGUGUCCCAUUUUUGUACCUGUUCCUGUAUACUCCAUUGAGCAUUUGAUGUUGCAAAUACCAGAACCCAAUGGAAGCGAAUUUGACACAGAUUUGAGUAUGAAUAUCAACGGUGGUGUUGAUGCAGACACAUUGGCGUCUCUGAUAUCGAGUCCAAAGUUAACUUGGAAACUCAAGUUGUUGAACAAUUUGGCUGUCAAUUUUGUCAAAUUUAGCCACGAAGAACCACAUAAUGAAGAAGCUGAUCUGUUUUAUUAUGACAAUUAUGGGGUCAAGAUGAAAUACUUCCACGAGUGUUUGCAACAUCAUCCUCAACGGAUUGCUGACCUAUUUACCAAGUUCAAUGAUGAAUUGAUUUUGAACUUUUCCGAUGACAGAUUAUUAAAAAAGUUGAAUUUGGUUUACCGGAAGGAAAUAUUUGGGAGUAUGGAACUAGGUCAACCUUUGACAGUUGACAAUUUCAACCAUAAAUUUGUUCAAUUGUUGGCGUUCAAGUUACGUCAGAUGAGUUUAGAAUUGGAGAAAAUUCAGGGGGAGGGCAAGAUUCAUGAGAAUGGAGAGCACAAGUCUGAUGGAAAAGAGAGCGAGAACAGUCGUGUUAUCGGUGAUGGUGGAGACCAGGUACAAAGUAUUGGAUACAAGAGGUUGCUAACAACUUCUAAACAAGUACAUUUUGACGAAGAUGAGAAUACCAUUGCUGAGAGCUAUCACAAAUUGAGGAAGUUAAAUAACGACGCAAACACAAUGGACCGCAAACUAGCUAGAGUUGAGAAUGAUUUGCACAAGUGCUCUGAAAAAGAUGGUGAACUUGAGAACAAAUUAGCACAACUAAAAUCAAUUACAGAACAUGGUGUUAGUCAACAAUUGUUGAGUAAUCAGUCAACACAAAUUGAAAACCUUGAGAAGGAAUUGAACGAUUUACAUCAAGAAUAUGAUCGACUCACCAAUGAAACCGAAGAUUUGCGAAGCAAGUAUCAACAAAGUUCUUCUGAGGCGGUCACGGAACUGCAAAAGCAAUUGAAGCUACAAAAACAGUUGAACAAGUUGACAAGCAAGAUGCAAUCACCGGGAAUGGACGUGUUGCCAGAUUUGAUACAUAAGGAUACACUUCUUACCACGCAACAUCGGUUGGAUAAGUUGCGACAUCAAAACAAGUUUCUUGAAACGUUGUGCAACAACCAGGUUGCAAAGAUUGUGAAUGAACGACAACUUAUUAUAGAGUCGAGUGGUGGCACUGGCGGCGGUUCUGGUGGUGGUGGUGGUGGUAGUGGUGGUUUUAGUGGCUAUGCGUCAGCCGGAUCGAGUAGUCGGCCUGGUAGCAAAAUCAGUCGAGACUCGACUCCGUUUGUUUAA